CCGAGCUGAGGUCCCUGCCCCCCACUGAGAAGCAGCAUAGACACGGAACGACUUCACGUCCAAGGAGAGUGCAGUUUAGGGCACAUCCUUCUGAGAGAGCACUCCCCAGAUGGGAUUAAACCCCAAAGAAUUAGGGAAAAGGACCUGGAUGCUAAAUUUAUUAUUUCAAUGGAACAAAAUAAAACAACAAUCACAAAUAUAAAGAUACCAGAAGGAGGAACUGGAGAUAUAGGAAGAGAACGGACAAAAACGUUUACUUAUGACUUCUCCUAUUUUUCAGCAGAUAGUAAAAGUCCUUCAUAUGUGUCUCAAGAAGUGGUUUUUAAAAAUCUUGGAACAGAUGUCCUUACAUCUGCUUUUGAAGGUUAUAAUGCUUGUAUUUUUGCAUAUGGACAAACUGGAUCUGGGAAGUCGUACACUAUGAUGGGAAAUACUGGUGAUGCCGGUUUAAUACCUAGAAUUUGCGAAGGUUUAUUCAGUAGAAUAAAUGAAAAAACAAGAUGGAAUGAAGCAUCCUUUCGAACGGAAGUCAGUUAUCUGGAAAUCUAUAACGAACGUGUAAGAGAUCUGCUUAGACGGAAGUCAUCAAAAACAUAUAAUUUAAGAAUAAGAGAGCAUCCAAAAGAAGGGCCUUAUGUUGAGGAUUUGUCCAAACAUUUAGUACAGAAUUACAGCGAUGUAGAAGAACUCAUGGAAGGAGGAAACAUAAAUCGAACUACUGCUGCAACUGGAAUGAAUGAUGUUAGCAGCAGGUCUCAUGCAAUUUUCACGAUCAACUUCACUCAGGCAAAAUUUGAUGCUGAAAUGCCUUGUGAGACUGUUAGCAAGAUCCAUUUGGUAGAUCUUGCUGGAAGUGAGAGAGCAGAUGCCACUGGUGCUACAGGGGUUAGAUUAAAAGAAGGAGGGAAUAUUAACAAAUCUCUAGUUACUCUGGGAAAUGUCAUUUCUGCCUUAGCUGAUUUGUCUCAGGAUGCAGCAAAUCCUCUUGCAAAGAAGAAGCAAGUAUUUGUGCCUUACAGAGACUCUGUGUUGACUUGGUUGUUGAAAGAUAGCCUAGGAGGAAACUCUAAAACUAUAAUGAUUGCCACUAUUUCACCUGCUGAUGUCAAUUAUGGAGAAACCUUAAGUACUCUUCGCUAUGCAAAUAGAGCCAAAAACAUCAUCAAUAAGCCUACUAUUAAUGAGGAUCCUAAUGUCAAACUAAUCCGUGAGCUGCGAGCUGAAAUAGUCCGAUUAAAAACCUUGCUCGCUCAAGGAAAUCAGAUUGCCCUCUUGGAUUCGCCAACAGCUUUAAGUAUGGAGGAAAAGCUUCAACAGAAUGAAGCAAGAGUGCAAGAGCUGACCAAAGAGUGGACAAACAAGUGGAAUGAAACCCAAAAUAUUCUAAAAGAACAAACCUUAGCCCUAAGGAAAGAAGGAAUUGGUGUCGUUUUGGAUUCAGAACUGCCUCACCUCAUUGGCAUUGAUGAUGAUCUUCUCAGCACUGGGAUCAUCUUGUAUCACUUGAAGGAGGGCCAAACAUAUGUUGGCAGAGAAGAUGCUGUGACAGAACAGGAUAUUGUUCUUCAUGGUCUUGAUUUGGAAAGUGAGCACUGCGUGUUUGAAAAUCUCAGCGGUACAGUGAAUUUAAUACCACUGAAUGGAGCACAGUGUUCUGUGAAUGGAAUUCAGAUUACAGAGGCCACACAACUAAACCAAGGUGCUGUUAUACUACUUGGGCGAACCAAUAUGUUUCGCUUUAAUCAUCCCAAGGAAGCUGCCAAACUGAGAGAGAAAAGAAAGAGUGGAUUGCUGUCUUCCUUUAGUUUAUCUAUGACUGAUCUUUCAAAAUCUUGUGAGAAUCUCUCAACUAUCAUGCUUUAUAAUCCAGGUCUAUUCCCUGUAAAAGGACCAAUCUGUCUAAGACUUGAAUUUGAGAGACAACAACGAGAGGAACUGGACAAAUUAGAAAGUAAAAGGAAACUGAUAGAAGAAAUGGAAGAAAAACAAAAAUCUGACAAGGCAGAACUAGAAAGAAUGCAGCAAGAGGUGGAGUCACAGCGCAAAGAAACAGAAAUAGUACAACUGGAAAUCCGAAAACAGGAAGAGAGUCUGAAGCGGCGAAGUGUUCACAUUGAAAGCAGGUUAAAAGACUUGCUGGCCGAAAAAGAGAAAUUUGAAGAAGAAAGACUACGAGAACAGCAGGAGAUAGAACUUCAGAGAGAGAAGCAACAGGAAGAAAUUUUUGCUCGAGUUAAGGAAGAACUCCAGCGCUUGCAAGAACUUAAUCAUAAUGAAAAAGUUGAGAAAAUGCAGAUUUUCAAAGAACUAGAAAAGCUUAAAAAGGAAAAAGAUGAGCAGUAUAUCAAGCUGGAAUUAGAGAAGAGGAGGCUUGAAGAACAAGAAAGGGAGCAGGUAAUGCAAGUGGCUCACUUAGAAGGACAGCUUAGGGAGAAACAGGUCAUGAUACAACUACUCAAAAGAGGGGAUGUGCAAAGGGUGGAAGAAGAGAAAAGGGAACUUGAAGAUAUUAGAGAAUCUCUCUUGAGGGUCAAGGAAGCCAGAUCUGAAGGUGAUGAAGACAGUGAAGAAUUAGAAAAAGCGCAGCAUAAUUUCAUGGACUUUAAAAGAAGGCAAUUAGAACAGUUAACUAUUUUGGAGAAAGACUUAUUUCAACAGAGAGAUCAUCUAGAAAAGGAAGUAGCAGAUGAAUGUGAAACUCUGGAUCAUUUAAAAUAUGCACACAAAGAAUGCUUACAUCUCAAGAAAGACGAUGAAAAUGUGGAUGCUGCGAUGAUGGUUGAAGAAUUUGACAAGAUAAAGCCAGCAGAAUACAGUUUACAAUAUAAAGAGCGCCAGCUUCAAUACCUGAUGUACAAUCACUUACCAGCUUUGUUGGAAGAAAAACAGAGAGCCUUUGAAGUUCUUGAUAGAGGUCUGCUAGGUUUAGACAAUACUCUUUAUCAGGUUGAGAAAGAAAUGGAAGAAAAAGAAGAACAGCUUGCACAAUAUAGAGCCAGCACUAACCAACUACAGCAGCUUCAAGAAACAUUUGAAUUUACAGCCAACAUAGCUCGUCAGGAGGAAAAAGUUCGGAAAAAAGAAAAAGAAAUUCUUGAAUCAAGGGAAAAACAGCAGAGAGAGGCGCUAGAGCAAGCAGUGGCUAAGUUGGAAAGGAGACACUCAGCUUUGCAGCGUCGUUCCACAAUAGAUGUUGAAAUUGAAGAGCAAAAACAAAAACUUGCAAUUCUGAACAGCAGCUGCAGUGAACAGGCAGGUCUUCAGGCAACUCUAGAAGCUGAACAAAAAGCCCUGGAACAGGAUCGAGAAAGGCUGGACCAGGAAAUUCAACAGCUGAAGCAGAAGAUAUAUGAAGGUGAUAAUGUACAAAAAGGGUAUCAUGGAACAGUAGAGGAGAGACUCUCCAUUUCCAGUUCCCCUACCAGCCCUACAAAGUCACAAUCCCAUUUUGUUCCACUGGUUGAUGACAGAAUAAAUGCAUUAAUUGAAGAAGAAGUGCAAAGGCGUCUUCAGAAUAUUCACCACACACCUGAAAAUAACAGUAUGGACCUCUCUCAGUCUACAGAAAUUCUAAAGGAUAAUGAAGCACUUCAUAAUGGUAUUGUUCAACGCAAGUUGAAGUAUGAGAAAAGACGACCUUGGCAGCCACAUUACAGUCUCCCUUUUGACUUUAAAGAUGACAAUAUUGGCUCAAACUUGGCUGGAGAAAAUACAAUAGCAGACUUCAAAAGACACAACAGAUGUCCAGAGAUGUGGAGCUUACUUUCUAAUCCUGAUCAAAUCUGUUACCCCUCUCCAUUAGCAAAGGGAGUUAGAAAUGAAAGGAACCGGUCAGAACUGGAUUGCUUUGAUUGCCUAUAUGAUACUGAAUAUGACCUGAAUCACCCUAUGAAUACUAACACUUUUACUGGGGAGAAAAUUCAUUAUAAAAAUAUUACAUUCACUUCUUCACAAAAUUAUGGUCUGGGCAACCUGAAGCAUUCACAGUAUAAAAUGGUGAAUCUCAAUAAUUCUGUAUAUGAAAAAAUUACUUCUUUGGACUGGGACACUGCAUCAACUAAAUUUGAUUGUUCCCAUUCUCAACACCUCUCUGGCUCAGAAUCUUUAGCCUGUGGGAAUGAGCAGGUUAGUUUUAACAGUACAUCUUACAUAAUUCUCUCUCAGUCCAGCAUACUUUCUGAAAUAGCAUCCAAACAGAAAAAUCCAUUUCACACACUGUUUCAUACUAUUCCAAACCAACCUCACAUUUCUCAGCAGACAGUUGAAAACCUGGAUAUUAGUAAAAUAAUCUCCCCAAAGUCAGAAGUUUCAUGUUCAGAUGUGAAACCAGCACAGAUCUAUGGCAUGAGCUAUCUUUUCAACAAGCUAUCUUGUCUUUACAAAAACACCAGUAGUCAAAUGCUCAGUAGUACCCAAGUUAUUAAACAAAUAAAAGAGCUGGGCCGUCUGUAUGACAGACAUGAGGUGUGUGCACAAAUGGCAUCAUUGCUGAAAAAUUUGCUGUUUAAAAAUAUAUUACGUGUGAAGGUACCUUUUGAAUCAGAUAUGAAGAAGGCUUCGCCUCCCUCCAUUGAGGCCAAAGUUCACAUUGAUAGCAGCAUUCAGUCAGAAAACCUUCUGCGAACAGAGAAUAUGGUGAAGUGUGUAUCCUCAAAAAUCUUGAGUGCACAUCCACAAGAUUAUUCUGAAAGAUCUGUUUACUGCUAUGGAAAUGAAGAAAUGAAACAGAAUUUGGUGUUAAGGCAAAAACUUGUGCAUUUUCCAGAUGAGUUACUGAAACUUCAAGUCUGUUCUCUUGAAAAGCUAUUGGAGUAUGUGAUCUUCUCUUUACCACAAGUUUGUGCCAGGAUGGAUCAAUUAAAAGGUGUAUACUGGCUUGCUGUUGGCAAUUGCAAGAAACCUGAUCCAGAGCCAGCUUGUUUGCUUUUGUUUAACUCUGUUUUGUAUGCUGUUGUUUUAUCAGUCAACCGACAAGACAACUGUGAGGAUUCUUUGGCAAUUUUUCAUGUUCUUCCAUUCACCAUGAUAAGACAGAUUGAAGUUGGUUUUGCUGGACAGACUGUCAGACUUGUUUGCUCUUCUGAAGAUAGUUUGCUCACAAUAUUUACCUAUAAUAAAGACUUCACUCAGAGAAUAUGCCACAAUAUAUUAAGUAGUUUGAUUACUACAUCAAAUGAUGCCGUUUAUUUAAACCACCAGCUGCUAAAAGGGGAUUUGUUGCAGUUGUCACUUCAUUGGACAUCAGAAGUUACUGACUUAGUUUUUGCAAGUGGACUACGGUUGUCCUGCAAUUUCCAGAGUGCCUUAGCUGAUUUGGUGUACUUAGUCCAUGAAAAUAUGGAAAGUAAUAAACCUUCUUUAGGAGAUGUUCGUGUAUUGCUUUAUACCACAGUGAAGAUAGAAGACCAUGUUAAACAAAUGACCUAUAGAUCACUAGUUCUAACAACAACUCAUAUAGGACUCAUGAAGGAAGAUAAGGUUUUUCAUCCUAUUCCUAAUUUUUUGCACACUUUACCUCAGCGGCCCCAGUUUGACAAAAUUCAGUUGUACUGUUUGAAUGAGCUCUGGUGUGUGGUUGUCCCAGAUAAAGAGAAUUUAACAAAAAUUGAGCUUGUUUUUUCUAAAAUGAGUAAGGUUGGCUCUCAUUUAGAGAUUGGUUUUUCUAAACCUCAUUCACAAGGAACAAAUACUCAACUGACACUUAUUCCAUCAUUUUUUCAAGACAAUUUAAAUGUUCCAUUGGAAAUCUGGAAAUUAACUUUCAGUUCAAAUGAAGACGCCAUUUGGUUAAUUAUGUAUUUGACGAGGCAUAGAAAUCCAGAUAGAUUUUAGAUACAACAAAAGUAGACAGAUGACUGAAUAUUGAUAUAAAGUACUUUUAAUCAUUGCUGUUAGUAAGCAAAAUAGCAAAAUUAGGACUUGAGUUUUGUAGAGUAUAUUGUGGAGGUACAUACCUAUUUUGCCAACAUUUCAUAUUAGUUUCUUUUUUGCCUUGUAUGGGUAGUAUAAUGAGCAUACAGCUUCUUGGAAAGGCUUAUACAUUUAAAGUGCACCUGUGUGAUUUGGUGAAUGGAUCAGAAUUGAUACACAAGUAACCACUCUCUGCUCUUACUAGUACUAUAUUCAUCCUUCUCUUCUCUGGUACUGACUCUUAACUCCUGCCAUCUCUUAUUCCAACUUCACCAGAAAGCUCCUGUUAGUGUCUUCCUUACUCUUGCCACCUGAAUCACAUCCUCCUUCAGAGGACUCUCUUAACUGCUUAAAUGAAUAUCUCUUGCCUCCUGAUUUCAGAGGCCUCAUCCACUUGGUGGUGGUGUUGAUAGGAUCUCAGUAUUCAUGUUUGUGGUAUCUAUUAGCUUUACUCUGUUGUUAUACAUGGUCCAGAGUGUACUUAACCCCAUAAGAUGUGCAUUAUCUCCUGGGAACCCUACAGAUGUAUGUGUACAGUUUCUAAAAAUCAUUAUGUUGGUAGUCCGGAGAUUGUGAGACAGCAUCUAAAGGUUUAAUUUUUAGCUCAUUUCUCAAAGGGAAAGAAUUGAAAUGUCAAAAUUGAAUAUGAAUGUUCUGCUCAUUAAUCUUAAUAAUGGUUGUUUUUUUAAUUCAUACAACCCCAUCUGAAAAUAUUGCAGGGCCUCUCCUAAUGUUUUCUAAUUUUAAGGAGCAAAAACUCUGUGAAUUCUUCUUUGAGUAGAUGCAGACAUAUAUUCCGUGUGUGUGUGUGUGUGUGUGUGUGUGUGUGUGUGUGUGUGUGUGUGUGUGUGUGUACAUGUACACACCACAUGUGUUGGAAGCAGAGACUUUUACUAGCAGAACCCAUAGGGGGUAGCACAGAUGCCUGUAGCCCUUCCAAUGGGCAUUGGGGCAGCGCUGCUGCACAGAGCUAUCAGCUGGAGUCAGAAUUAUGUGUGGUGGUUGCUUCAUAACCUUGCAGUUCAUACCCUUAGCCUCCUUUUAUUGUACUUUAUUAAUAGUGUAGUUAAUUAGUGUCAGAGGAAAAGUUAUAGACAAUAGAGUAGUGAUAGGGCUUCCUUGUGAUGUCCUCACUGCCCUUUUUUGUGGAGUGGCAAUUCCUCACUUGGGCCCAGUAGCUCAAAGUAUUUUUGCCUCCAGUUCUGGGGCAGUGGUCAUUCCGAAGAGGCACAAGAGUUGUUCUCCAAUGCUGACGCCAUAAAAUGGGUCUCAUAAGACCAUUUGUGAGCAAUCCAGGUUCCAGGGUGAUUCUUCUGCCUCCUCUAACAAGAGAGCAGGCUGGCAUAGGACCAGCUCUGGCAUGCAAAAUGAUUCAGGUGCCUCUGAUCCUCUCUUGGUAUAGGACAUUCCAUUUUGUUGACUUCAGUCUGGCCUCCAGGCAACUAUUGAAUUUAGUGCCAACAAGAAUUAAGCUGGCACUGACAGUGUCUGUGACAUCCUUAUACCUGGCUGCAGUGAACCUACUUUGUCUUUUGGUAGUGUCUUCGCUACUAGUCCAAGCCUUCGUGGAGCAUGUCACUGAACUCUCUGGGUCUUCAGCACUAUAGCAGGGAGUACCCCUCUCUGAGGUUGGUAUUGAUACAGUAUGAGAGACAAUACCAGUUGCUCAGUACCGGGUCCUCCUUUGGCACUGACACAAUUAAUGCUGCAGAUAGUCUUAUAGAAGUUAUUGCGACCUCUGAUAUCGAGGCAGUUGGGCACCAAUAUUUGCACUUGGUCCUGCAGUACUAACAUUUUUGGUACCAGUGGUGUCAGUUAUAUCAGGAUUGCCAAUUAUAACUGCUUUCUGGGCUCUGAGUCAGGUCAUAUGUUGACUGUCUCUGAAGUUACUCCCCCAUGUCUCUGAGGUAUGAGAGUCCUCUGUUUCAGAAUCUUUGUCCUCCUAUUCCACCUCACCAGAGGAGAUCCAAAAUCUACCAGUAGAUCAGUAGAGCUACUAGGGUUGGCAUGCACCUCGAGGCCAGAAUGGAGGCCUCCAUCCUAGCACUCAUGAUGAAUGUUGGACAUUUAUCACCUAUGGGGUGCUUGGUAGCUGAAAUGUCCCCGCAAUCUGCCCUUGAUGUAACAGACACUUUGGCCAGGUGAUGGCCUCAGCAAUUAUAUGAGGAGGGAUUCCUGGCUCUAGAAUUAUGAGAUUGUGGUGGAUGUCCAGCAAGCAAUUGAAGACCUUCCUUUCAAUGGCCAAACUUUGUGUUUGGACAAGACCGACGAAACCCUUCAUUCCUUAAGGAUUCAAAGUCUAUCUUAAGGUUUCUAGCGGUGUACAUGACACCUAUACAAAGAUGCCAUUAUGGGGCACAUCCACAACCUCCACAAUAGCCAAGCUUUGUCUACGGUGUGAGUUUUUGCGGCAGAAAAAUAUGCUAAUGAGUCCCUGGUCACUUGUCUGGGAGAGGCAUAAGGAUCUUG